UUCUUUACCGCAUUUCAAUGAUCCCAUUUGGGGUUUUAAGCGCUAAACCCUAGAUGCUUGUGAGAUGGAGGAGACUCCUCCAUUCAAGCUCGAGUAUAACUAAACCGUCGCUGAAUCCAAACAAAAACCCUAGCUCCGCUACCCGCCUUUCCCCCGAGAUAGUCAAUUCAACCAUCUCCAAUUGCCCCUCGGACACAAUCGCGCUCAGCUUCUUCCUUUGGGCAGCUCGCCAGCCCAACUACUUCCACGCCCCCAGUUCCUUCGAUCGUAUAAUCCCCGUCGUCGUCCGCCUCUCCUUGAGGUUUGGUUUCAUCAGUAAGAUCGUCCGGCAUCUCGAGAGUUUCGCUUGUGCCGUAAAGGCUCAAACUUUCUUGAUAUUGCUUAGGAUUUACUGGCGAGCUAAAAAGUUUAGGUUUGCGCUAGAAGUUUUUGAGGAGAUAUGCAGACGAAACUACGAGCCCAACACCUAUAUUAGGAACAUAGUUCUCGACAUACAGUUCAAGAGUGGGAAUUUCGAUGAGGCAAUGCGGAUUUAUAGAGAAACCAACUUCCCAAAUUUUCUCACUUUCAAUAUAGUGCUUCGCAAUCUUUGUGAGUCGGGUGAUUGGAUCAGUGUGAGGAGUUUGUUGAGAGAAAUGGUGAGGAGAGAGUUCUCCCUCAACGAGGGGACCUUUUUAAUGGCCUUGGAUUGUUUCUGCAAGGCCGGAAGAGAUGUAGAGCUGUUGCAGUUGUUAGGUUUUCUGGUAGUUUUAGGGAGGCAUCUUUCGGUGGCCAUGCGGACAGUUUUAAUCGAUUCUUUCUGCCGGGCUGGAAGAAUUGAGAUGGCUUGUGAGCAUUUGACAAAGAUGGUAGAAGCUGGUUGCUCACCUACUGUUUUCACUUAUACCUCUUUUAUCAAAGGGCUUUGUGAAGCUCAAAUGCUUGGUGAGGUUCCAGGUAUCCUAAACGUUAUGCAUUCUACUGACUGCCAACCUGAUCUAGUUUUAUACAACUUCCUUAUUUCUUAUCUAUUAAAGAUUGGAAGAUUUGAUGUCGCCAUUGAUAUUUUUCUUUGCCUUCGAAAGACGAAAAUGGAGCCAGAUUCGUACACUCUAUCUUCUUUGGCUUUCAUGUUUUGUUUAUCAUGGAGAGAAAGCUUGCUCCCUGAUUUAACUGCUGGAUUUAAAUUCAAAGAAGAUAUUGUGUAUUAUAAUUCCCUAAUUACUGGUUAUUGCAAGGCUGGUCUUCCCUCUGAAGCCUUGAAGCUAUACAAUAUAAUGAUUGAUAGAGAGUUCAUCCCAGACAAUUAUAGUUAUGUUGGAUUGCUGAGCAGUCUGUGCAAGUUAGGAAGAACUGAACUUGCUGUUUCUGUCUAUAAUGAAAUUCUCAUGAGUAAUCCUAAUGUUGAUGCAUAUGUCCACUCAUCAAUCUUAGAUGGACUUGUUAAGAAACGAAAAUAUCACAAAGCUAUUAGGCUUUUCCGUAAAUCUGUUUCUCAGAAUUAUUGCAUUGAUGUUGUUUCUUAUACCAUUACAAUUUAUGCACUUUUUAAGUGCGAUAGGUUUGAAGAAGCUAAAUUUUUGUUUGAACAAAUGAAGCAUUUUGGUCCAAACCCUAAUAUUUAUUCAUACAAUGUGAUGCUUUGUGGCUUCUGUAAGGGCCGAGAUUGGGUUGGAACACAGGAGCUAGUGAAGGACAUGAUGAUCGCAGGGAUUGAGAUGGAUUGCAUUUCAGUGAAUGCUAUUGCUCAUCUGUUAAUUAAAUUUGGUCGUAUUGAUUCUGCCCUUUUUAUGUUGAAGAAUUUACAUUUUCAUGGAAUGAGCUCUUUGAAAGCUACAUAUUCUCUGCUUUUCAGUGGCUCUGAUCAUGUCCGCAUUGAUGAUUUAUAUGCUUUUAAUUCAAGGCUGGUGUACUUUGGAAAUUCUUGUUUUGUUGAGAACGGGCAUUGUGAUUCUCAUUCACCUCAAGAGCUUCUUGUUUCAUCUGGAAGCUAGGUUGGUUCUAUAAUUUUUUUUUUGACAUAAGGAUAAUUGCAUUAUCACUUUGGAGAACAUUAGGUUUUAGUAUAAUCUUGAAGUACUGGGCGAUAAUUGUAUUAUCACUUUGGAGAACAUUAAAUUUUAUUAUAAUCUUGAAGUACCGGGCUUUCAAUACUUUGUGUUCUCACUGCAAGAAGAAGCUUCCACUUUACAUGAGUAAAGUGGCUUUGGACUUGCUGCUGAAGUCUUGAGGUACUUUACUUGAAAUGUGUGAGGGAUGAUGUCAAUCUUUAACUUAUUGCGCAGUUUUGCACUUACGAUAACUUGAGGAUAAAAUCCUGGUUGGGUUUAAAUUUAGUAUUUUGAAUUCAUACCUGGGUAAAAAAUUGCACAUGGGACAAAUUCAAGAGAAGAAAUGGUACUUCCACAAUUAGAAGAAGUUUCCUUCUGGUUUUCAUAGCCAUCACUGAGCUGAAAGAGGAAAACCAAUUCCAUGGCGAGUGGUCGGAAACGCAAUAAACAUCACAC